AUGGCAACCGAUCUCAUUAUGCCUACUCCCGCCGACCAGCGCGGCCCUUUCUACCCCCAGGAUCGCCCUCACUUCUCCCACGGUCGAUCCCACUCGUUCCAGACGGUGCCCCAGCCCCGGCCCUUUCGCAACCGCACCUCGCCUCUCAGCACCCCUCACGAUGGCUCCCCCACGUCGCCCAAGUCAUGCCUGACCGAGUCGGUGCACCCCGUCUACGUCCCCGCCGUCCUGCGCCCCAACAAGCACCACUCCAAGAAGCCCCGGGCGCCCAAGCCCGAAGAUAACGACGGAGACGACCUGCUCUGCCUGCGCCGCUCCAACAGCAGCUUCGUCAGCCUGCCGGGCUUCAGCGUCCUCGGCCAGAAGCUGUCGCGCCGCUCCACCGGCGACAGCGGCAAGGUCAUCGACCUCGAGCUGGACGCCGACCUCUUCCCCCAGGUCACCGGCGAGCCCACCCGCAAGCACUGGAAGCCCGAUACCGAGUCCGUCAUGUGCGAUGACCCGACUUGCAAGCGCAAGUUCACCCCUCUGAACCGCAGACACCACUGCCGCCGCUGCGGCAACAUCUUCUGUCACACGCACUCCAACGAGGUCAUCCCCCUCGACGAGGACUGCAACUACAACCCCAGGGGCUCUCUCGCCCGCGCCUGCUUCCACUGCUUCACCGAAUUUAAGGUAUGGAAGAGCCGCAACGGCAGCCGCAGCGGCAGCGAUCAGAGCUCCGACUCCUCCGACACCCCGUCAAGCCCCAUCGUCGCGAGCCCCGUCGCCCCGACGAUGCCCGGCAUGCUGCCGCCCACCAAGGGCCCUGAGAUAGCCGCCAGCGUCCCUCGCGACUGGAGCUGGAGCACCUUCUAG